AUGAUUGGUAUCGGCCUUAACUGGUGGCAAUCCAUCAUCGUCAUUUUUGUGUCGCAAAUGAUCUCCUCUAUUGCCAUGGCAUUUAACUCACGUGCCGCGAGUGUUUAUCACAUCGGGUUCCCUUGUGUCGCUCGCAGCGUCUUCGGUAUGUGGGGUAGCUACUACUUCGUCGGGGCUCGAGCAGUUCUAGCCGUGAUUUGGUAUUCGGUGCAAAUGUACUAUGGAGCCGAGUACAUGCACAAUAUGCUCAGAGCUAUCUUUGGCCACAACUUUACGGAUAUUCAUAAUGCACUUCCGGCCAGUGCAGAGAUCACGACUUCUCUCAUGCUCGCCUUUUUCCUCAGCUGGCUCGUUCACCUUCCCUUCUGCUAUUUUCGACCAUACCAGCUGCGCAAGUUCUUCUGGUUCAAAACUGUUAUUUCACUGCCAUCCAUGUUUGGUUUGUUUAUCUGGGCUAUGGUGAAUACGAAUGGGCAAAUCGGAGGCUUAUACAGCGUUACUUCGCGAUCUUCGAGUGCUACGGCUUGGCUGGUUCUUGCCGGAAUCAACAGUGGCAUGGGCAACACCGCAACCUUGAUCACCAACCAACCGGAUUAUGCUCGCUGGGCUAAAUCACGUGGUGCACCUAUCUGGACUCAGAUCAUUGUUAAUCCAUUGACAGUCACACUCUCAGCUAGCCUGGGAAUUCUUGCCACCAGUGCCGUGAAUGCAAAGUAUGGGACUGAUAUCUGGAAUCAAUGGGACAUGAUGAACCUGAUUCUAGACCAGUACUGGUCUGCAAAGACCAGAUUUGCCAUUUUCCUCUGCGCUUUUGCAUGGUUUGUCCAAAUCCUUGGAACUAACAUCGCGGCAAACAUGAUGUCCUUCGGUGCCGACUCGGCAAUGUUAUUUCCCUCAUUUCUCAACAUCAGACGUGGGCAAUUUAUCGUCCAGUUUCUUGCAUGGGCAGCUUGUCCCUGGAAAAUCAUGACAUCAGCUACAAAGUUCCAGACCUUCCUAGGGGGGUAUGGCCUCUUCAUGGCAAGUGUGGUUGCAAUUAUGGUCUGCGACUACUUUUGCCUAACGCGUGGCAAUGUCACGACCACUUCCCUAUUCGUGCCCACAAAAGCAAACAAAAACUACUGGUACCACGGUGGAGUAAAUAUCCAAGCUGUGAUAGCAUAUUUGAUUGGAAUUGCACUUCCUUUUCCGGGAUUCUGUGGUGAACUUGGCGCCAAAGUCUCCAGUUCAGCGGCACACAUUAUGGACAUUGCAUGGCUAACAGCAUUUACAGUAUCAUUUGUCUCUUAUUAUGUGAUUUGUACGAUUUGGCCAACCUCGAGCAUCCGGGAUGUGAAGGAAAGGGGCUUGACACGUGAACAGCUAGCACCGCAGGAUGACUACUACGAUUCUGCUAUUAUCAAGGAUGAGGAGAUUAUAGGUGUCGCUAUUUCAGAAAAGAGGUAUAUGGACAAGAUUGUUCCUAAGGCAUUUUCAGGGAGGAAAUAUUUGGAGUAA